GGAGGGGAGGGCUGCCGAGCCUAGGAUCCCGGAGUCCGGGGUUCCGGGGGCGGCCGGAUGUGGGCUGCACCUGCGGUCGGCGCGCUCCGGCCUCUCUAAGCCCGCUGUGGCUCUGUCACCCGCCAGGAGCUCAGCCAUGUGGGCCCCCAGCCAACGGCAGCUCUGCGUGGCUUUCCUGCUAGUGUGUGUCCUUUCAGCCACCUUGUUCCUCUACGUCCACCAAGACCUCUUUCCCAACGGCCUGGCCCUGACGGCCCUGUGUCCAGGCCGCCGCCUGGUGCCAUCCCCUGUGGCCAUCCUCUGCCUGUCCCCCAACACCUCCGCCUGCCUCAAGCCCCCUGCCUCCCUCUCGGGAACCUGGACCAUCCACCCAGACGGCCGGUUCGGCAACCAGAUGGGGCAGUAUGCCACGCUCCUGGCCCUGGCCCAGCUCAACGGUCGCCGGGCCUUCAUCCUGCCCUCCAUGCAUGCCGCCCUGGCCCCCGUGUUCCGCAUCACCCUGCCGGUGCUGGCGCCCGAGGUGGACAGCCGCACGCCCUGGCGGGAGCUGGAGCUCCACGACUGGAUGUCCCGGGAGUACGCCCGCUUGAGCGACCCCUUGCUGAAGCUCACCGGCUUUCCCUGCUCCUGGACCUUCUUCCACCACCUCCGGGAGCAGAUCCGCAGGGAAUUCACGCUGCACGACCACCUUCGGCGAGAGGCCCAGGGUCUGCUGAGCCGGCUCCGCCUGGGCCCCACCGGGGACCGCCCUCGCACCUUCGUGGGUGUCCACGUGCGCCGCGGGGACUAUCUGCGGGUCAUGCCCCACCGCUGGAAGGGGGUGGUAGGCGACCGCGCUUACCUCCAGCAGGCUAUGGACUGGUUCCGGGCACGGCACGAAGACCCCGUCUUUGUGGUCACCAGCAACGGCAUGGAGUGGUGCCGGGAAAACGUGGACACGUCCCGUGGGGAUGUGAUCUUUGCCGGCGACGGGCAGGAGGGCUCGCCGGGGAGGGACUUCGCGCUGCUCACGCAGUGCAACCACACCAUCAUGACCAUCGGCACUUUUGGCUUCUGGGCCGCCUACCUGACGGGUGGGGACACUGUCUACCUGGCCAACUUCACCCUGCCCGACUCCAACUUCCUGAAGAUCUUUAAGCCCGAGGCUGCCUUCUUGCCCGAGUGGGUGGGCAUUAAUGCAGACUUGUCUCCCCUCCGGUCGUUGGCUGGGCCUUGAGCAGCGGGGAGACUUUCUGGAAUAGCUCGGGCCAGCGUUCUGGGUCUCCGGAGGCCUAGAGGCUUCUGGAGAAGCUUGUGGUAGCUCUGUAGCAGGCGGGCACCCGUUUCUAGAGUAAUCCUAGUUGGCUAGACUUGGAGAAAAAGGACUUGGAGAAAAAGAAACCUAGGGGCUUUCUGUAACUGCCUGGACGUUCUAGAACCAGCAGGGGAUCUUUUCCUGAUGCCUGGCAAUGUCCAGAGAGGCUCACGUCAGUUCUGGAAGGCAAUGCCUUACCCACUGUUCCCAGCAUGGAUCCAGGGUACUUCUGGAUGGCUGCACCCCAAAAACGGAGAACUCCCCCCCCCCUUCUAAUGUUGCCUCUGGUCUUUUCUAGAAGAGAAGGACAAUCCUCAGGACUGAAAGAACUUAGGGGUAGUCCACAGCAAGCACUCAUCCACUCCCCUGCUGUGUUUCUGGAGUGGUUCUAGAGAAGGCCAGGUCUCAGGCCUGUGGAGAAUCCUGCAGGGCUCCCCCAGAGGGGAUGAGGUUCUGGAAUUCUAGGAGGAUCUCAGGAAGGGACACUCAGAAGUUCAACACCUCAGCCACUGCCAGAAAGACUGGCAGAACACAAAGUAUCUGUCCUGUGAGGUGGGAAAUCUGUCCAACCUCUCAGCCUCUGAGAAAAAGAAAGACAAAGACUCGUUUUUGAAAUUUAAAAAGAAAAAAAAUAUGUUUUUUAAUGUUUAUUUUUGGGAGAGAGAAAGACAAAGCACAAGCUGGGGAGGGGCAGAGAGAGAGGGAGACACAGAACCUGAAGCAGGCUCCAUCCAGGCUCCGAGCUGUCAGCACAGAGCCCGACUCGGGCUCGAACUCGCAGAUCUAGAGAUCGUGACCUGAGCUGAAGUCAGGGGCUUAACUGACUGAGCCACCCAGGUGCCCCUUGAAUUUUUUUUUAUAUGUUUAUUUUUGAGACAGAGGCAGAGAGCAAGCAGGGGAGGGGCAGAGAGCAAGCAGGGGAGGGGCAGAGAGAGGGAGAGGGAGACACAGAAUCCAAAGCAGGCUCCAGAGCCUGAGGUGGGGCUCGAACUCACGAACUGCGAGAUCAUGACCUGAGCCGAAGUCAGACACUUAACCAACUGAGCCACCCAGGCGCCCCAGAGACUCUAUUUUGAGUAGAUAGACUAAAACGUGGGACUGUUCCUCCACAGGAGGGGGAGAGGUAUGGAUGCUGAAAUACAGCAGCUCGUGGAGCAAAGCCUUCCAGAAACCUAGAGACUUUUUUUUUUUUUGUCAAAAUCUGCCAAAGACAGGCACUUUACAAGUUGGCUCUGAGUUAAGGUUACCUUUCUUCUCAGUUAAGAAAGUUUCCUUCUCUGCAGCUGGGCUGUUGGAUGUAACGGGAUCGAUUUUCUGGAAUUCAGCCAGCAUAAAUAAACGUCAUAAAUGUUUCUUUUGGGCUUGCAGAAAGCUACAGGUAUGGGGACCCUUGCCAACCUGGGCUUCCUCUGAUUUCACAGAACCACUAAACCUGGUUUCGGGCUUCAAAGGCUCUGUAGGCGCCUGGGUGGCUUAGUCAGUUCAGCCUUCGACUUUGGCUCAGGUCAUGAUCUCGCGGUUCGUGAGUUUGGGCCCCAGUGGGGUUCUGUGCUCACGGCUCAGGGCCUGGAGCCUGCUUCGGAUUCUGUGUCUCCCUCUCUCGCUGUCCCCACCCCUCCACCCCCGCUCGACCUCUCUUUCUCUCUCUCAAAAAUAAAUAAACAUUAAAAAAAGAAUGAAAGGAUCUGAAGGUCUGAAAGUAUACGGGACCCGGGCUGGCCUGAAACCCAGGCCAGAGCACAAGGUCUGGCCAAGGAGGAUGGGAUUCUUGACUCAGAUUCCAGGACCCCCUUGGUGCUUUUUUGUAGGGGAUGAAGGUACCUAGCUUUAUUACAGACAACUCUGAUCGCAUCCCCUACCUACCCAGAAGAAUCCAAGCCCCCUUUUUUAAGUCUUCUCAGGGAGUUUUGAGGGAUCAUUCACUAUUCAGCUGCCCCCGGUGGGAGAGAGGGAGGUAUGAAUUAAAAGUCCACACCACCAAACCCUGUCUCUGCAGGUGUUUUGGAGUCCACUGUGUGUGUGUGUGUGUGUGUGUGUGUGUAAGAGGGGAAAUCCAGAACUGCUCACG